AAAAAAAAAAAUCUUCUUCCCACCAUCGACCGCUCAAACCCCCAUCGUGGCCACACUCCGGCUUCCGUUUGCGUCAGCAACGCCACCGAAAGGAAGGUCUCCUCAUCCUGUUCAACUUCCGCGAUCAAGAUUUCCGAGAACCAAGCCCAAAGUGCUCAAAAUCAAACCUUUAGCCUCGACCUGCCUAUGCUCCUAUCUCCUAAUCUGGCCGUUGAUCCGACCGUUAACUUUCGACCGUUCGGAUUAAGCAAAAAAAAUUCCGAACCUCAUAUUCUCUAACUUCUGAUUUUUUUUCCUUUUUUGAUGCAGACUUCAACUCGGGUCUCUCUUCUCUUUUCUUUUUUAUUUUGUUUGCUGAGAUUUUGGUUCAUGGUUUCUUAUGAUUUGGUAUCUAUUAUUGUUUUGGGUAUUUUGGUUUGAUUAAGUCUCGAGUUUGGUAAAAUGGGUCAAGGUUUGAGGAUGAUGGUGAGGUUCUUGAUGAGCAACAGUGCAGGGGGAUUACUGGUUGAUGGUGAGUUGUUAGGAUUAUGGGUUGCUGGUUGAUGGUGAGCUGUGAGGAGUUGGGUUUAAAGGUGAUUGAUGAUGGGUUAAUGGUGGUGAUGAAUGCAAAUGGUGGAGUAUUCGAAAGGAUAAUGGUGAAAAUGGUAAUGGUGGCCAUGUGGGGCUUAAUAGUUGCCGGUAAUUGAUGCCAAAGAGGUGGUCUGGUUUGAUUGAUGGUUGCCCGGAAAAUUAAGUCUUGAUUAUUGGUGUCAUGUUUCUUCGUCGACUUGCUGUGAUAGUUCCUCGCUCUACAAGGUUCUUCAGCAGUAAAGAUAGCCUUGACCUUGCAAGCACCGUAGCUGAACUCAAUAAGGAAAUGGAAUCUGUCUUUGGUGAACCUCCUCCAGACGGACUAGCCAAUUCUGGAAAUAGAAGCUGUAUGGCUCAAGAUGCCCACCAUAACUCUCAUGUUAUUUUGGGUUCUACUAAUGAUAAGUUUGCAGCUCAAGAACUGAGCUCUAUAUCUCAUCUUUUAGGUGAAAAUACGCCUGGUCUGACCCAUGUUGGCAGCACAGGGAAAGCCCAAAUGGUAGAUGUCUCACCCAAAGAAACUAGUAGCAGAACUGCUAUUGCUAGUUGUAAAGUAGUUUUGGGGAAAAAGGUGUUUGAUUUGGUCUUGGCCAACCAGAUGGCUAAGGGGGAUGUUCUUACUGUGGCAAAAAUUGCUGGCAUAAAUGGGGCGAAGCACACCAGCACUCUCAUCCCUCUAUGCCACAACAUCACUUUGGCUCAUGUUCGUGUUGACCUAAGACUUGAUCCUGAGGAUUUUAGUGUUGAAAUAGAAGGAGAAGCGGCUAGCACAGGUAAAACGGGGGUUGAGAUGGAAGCAAUGACAGCUGUGAGUAUAGCGGGAUUAACCGUGUACGACAUGUGCAAGGCCGCUUCGAAAGAUAUCCAGGUCACAGAUAUACGGCUUGAGCGUAAAACUGGUGGGAAGACUGGAUAUUGGUGCAGGGAGGAAUAAGAUUUUGAGAGAGUGCUGCCAAAAUGUAAUGGGUAUUAGUAUUUUAGUAGAUAUUUGCAUUUUUUUUAGCAGAAUGGUAGUAUUCUCUGUUCUUUUAAACAUUAAACUUGGUGGCUUAUUUCAUGAUUUCAUUAAAAUUUACAAUAAAAGGAGGCAUUAUGUAUAA